UUGGGGUCUCAUUUGUGGCUGGACCGCCAGCCGCGAUCGGUCUCUCUGUCCCGUUAGUUGCGAACCGCAACUCUCUCUCCCCACCCACGCUAUGUGCUGUGUUUUGUUGUGAAUGAGAGCCCCGUAAACUGUGUUUGUAACUGUCACUUUCUACUCUCUCCCACGCCGGGCGUUCUUUGUCCGUCAUGUAUCGACAUAACGCGGAGAGCUCUUUCUGUUUCAUCAAUCGCCUCAACGGGAAUGCCAACGAUGAACUGCAGCAACCGGGAGAGCACGAGCCCACUUCCGCUCUUUUGGACUACUGCAAACGCAAGUUCCUCCGUCCAUAUGUGGCCAUCCUGACGCUGGUGGGCCUCAAUCCCAUCUCCACGGAUAUGAGCAAUGUCCGGGCCUGCUGCAGCUAUGUCCAGGCGCUGAUGGUCCUAUUCGUCCUGCUGGUGGGAUACCUUUUGCGAUACAUAUGCGGCUAUAGAGGCGAUCGUGGUUUCACCAGCUACCGGGAUAUUCGACCCAUCACCAAUGGAACAGAUGGUGGUGCAGCUUCUCCUAACACCAUAGGAGAACUACUUUUCGGAUUCAUAAUGCCCAGUGGGUUCAACCUAAUGGCUUUCGUGUCCGCAGUGCUAGUGUGCAAAGUCAUCGACCACGAACAGCUGCAGAACCUCAUCGAAAGGGUAUUCCUAAUGUCUGCCAAGCCAAAGAGACUCUGCCGGAUGUUGUGGCUUUUUCUGGCCGUAGCACUGGCCCUGCUCAUUUUGCUCUUCGCGUACGCCUGCUGUGUGGUGAUGAUGCAGCCCACCCAAAUCGUCAAGUUGUCCUGGCUGGCAGAAGCUCUAAGCGACUGGGAGACCUGGGUUCGUGUAGGUCUGCUGGUGACCAUACUCCUUCAAGAUCUCGUGGAGAUUAUUAUACUGAGCAACUACUAUAUAGAGUGUUAUUUGCUGAGGAUGCAUCUGGAAACGCUCUCGCACAAGCUUCUUAUGCACUCAAUCGAUUCGCUGGAUUGGAUGAGGGAAGUGCUCGAAUUUCGAAAACUGUUGGAGCGGCUGAAUCAGCACGUGUCUAUCCCAGUGUGCUUCCUCAUUGUGAUGAACCUGGCUUAUGCCUUCGCGGGACUGGUAUACCUCUUCAAGGACUUCGAUUUUCACUACUGCGCCCUGAAGCUCGUGUUACUUAACAUUGCCAAUGUGAUGCUGUGGCUGUUUCUGGGAUUGCUGCCUUUCUUCGUAGCCUCUUCGGUGACGCGUGUGUGCCAGAAUGCCCAGGCGAAUGGUCAUCAGAUACGAGUUCGACCUUUCGUUUACCACAAUACCUCGGCGGAGGACCUUAACUCCACGCUUCUGUUCGCCGCCUCGCUGGACAUGUCCGCCAAACUCUUCCGAAUGCCCAUCCAGCCGAACUACCUGUGUUUCGCCAUCCUUGUGGUGGUCAUCGUCAUCCUUACGCUGGGCAUGUGCCUGAAUCUCAACGCCCUGGGCAAAAUUUAACCAAGUACUUGUAUGCAUUCGCCUAAAAUAAUAAACACUUAUAGUAUUUGUCUAGCUUACAA